UAUUUUCCUUUAAAACAAACAUUUGAGGUGGAUGUGACAUAAUGUAUAACGAUGCGCAAAGUGCUAUAAUAUUACAAAUAGUUAAAUCGACCUAGUACGGCGUAUCUUUUUCUCUGUAGCUUAUGCUUACGAUACAGUCAACGAAGCCACGUUGCAUAGCUAGAAGUUUACAUGUUCUAUUUAAACUGGAGAGUUUAUGUUGAUUAUUGUUUGCUUGUUGUGGAUAUUUGUCUCGUCAAGCAUCGCCUUCAAAUGUUGCCCCAAAAAAAGUAUUUUUAACCACACAUCUGUUUGUUGUCUUGUCUUAUCUAGUCUAUGUGUAAUUUAGGUAUUCUACUAACCCUUUCAAGUAGGUAUACAAAUGUAUGGCAUUGCUAGCCUGAAAACGCAGAGGCUUAGUUCACGCAAAGAAACCUUAUCCUCUGAUGCAGACGUAGCGAGUUACCGGACCGAUUACGUAUUUAUGAGUGGAAAAUAUCCAAUACACGCCUGAAAAGACAAAUGUGGCCUAUUUAAAAUGUAAACGUUAUUGAUUAAUAAAUCGAAUAAAUGACCGAACUGUGUGAAGAGACACUUGCUCAUAUCAAAGCCUUUUUGCUUAUUCUAACGAGUGGUGGUUUUUCUAGUAACUUUCUUUUUAUUUCUGGAUUAUAAAGACUGUACACUUAUUCGUUUCGACAGAUUAUGUGUGUAAUAAGUUGCUUACCUACAGUACAUUACGGGUGCAGUCAUUUCAUUAUGUUUGGGUGACAGGCAGCGGUUGUUUUUUUGGAUCACUGCCGUUCACGACUAUUAUGCAUUCCGACGGCGAUGGAGGGCACGGAGGAGCCAGUGUGUCGGCAGGCUUCAUUGUCAGGCCAUAGUUCAAUGGUUUAUAAAUAACUCUUCUGGGAGUGGCAAAGCGCACCUUUAUGUAUUAGGCAUUCGUUGCCCAGUUUCUAACGCUCCUAUGGAAACACUGAAGCCAUGGUCAUCUCAGCCUGUUACUUAAAUGUGAAUGUAUACGCCAUUAUUCUGGCGACGUGCGGCACCAGGAUAUAUCAAUAUUACAGAUGCUCUGUUUCGGAAAAAUAACAUUUCUGCGAUCGCUUUAAGUUCUGUCAGCAGUCUGUGUUGAGGGAGAGUGAAAGAAGAGAGAGAGAGAGAGACUCGCGCUGACUGCUCACAGUAAGAACUGUAUCCUCACCGGCGCCACCAUCGCUACUUAAACGAAGCCUUCCCAUCUGCCGACAUGUCCGGCGGUCAGCCUGCCAAGUUGCGCAUCUUCUCCCUAAACUGUUGGGGGAUCCGUUACCUCAGCCAGCAUUGUGUGCAGCGCUAUGAGAUGAUUGGAGAGCUGCUGAGCAGGGAGGAGCAUGAUCUCGCCCUGCUGCAGGAGGUGGGUGGAGUCGAAGGUCUGGAGUGAAAAAGACUUCCUCUUCCUGAAGAAGACUCUUGCAAGCACUCAUCCUCACUCCCAUUACUUCAAAAGCGGGGUCAUUGGAAGUGGACUGGCUGUAUUCUCCAGACACAGAAUCCAUGACGCGUUUCUCUACCGCUUUUCCCUAAACGGCUAUCCUUACAUGCUCCAUCACGGUGACUGGUUCGGUGGAAAGGCCGUGGGGAUGGUCAUUGUGAAUAUCUGUGGGUUGAGUGCUCACGUCUACGUCACGCACCUGCAUGCGGAGUAUUGCAGGGAGAAGGACGGAUACCUGCCGCACAGAGUGGUCCAGGCCUGGGAGCUGCAGCAGUUUGUUCGACACACAUCCAGAGGGGCGGAUGUGGUGAUUUUAGGAGGAGAUUUGAACAUGCACCCCCAGGACCUGGGAAACAGGCUCGUCCGUGCGUACACGGGACUCAGAGACUGCUACACUGACACGGACAAGUUUGACGGUUGUGAUGAAGGUGUCACACUGAUAGCAGACAACCCCUUCACAAACAAGAAAGAGCUCAUUCCCUUCGAGAAAGGGAUCAGAAUAGACUACAUCCUCUUCAAGGGGUCGAAGACAGUGCGCGUAAAGUGCGAGUCCCUGACCACCACCAAGGGCUCUUUCCCAGGGAAGCCCUUCCCGUUCUCGGACCACGAAGCCCUGAGCGCGGAGCUCCUGGUGGAGCGCACACAGGAGGCCCAGGACAACGAGGGCACCCAGGACGGCUACUCUCCGGACGCGCUCCCGGAGCUGGUGGACACGGUGACGGAGGCUCGGAUGGAGCUGAAGGUGGGUCUGCACCUGGCCCGCCGCAUGCGGCACACGGCCGGCCGGACAGGGGCCAUGGGGCUGGUCCUCCUGCUGCUGGAGCUGGCCAUCGCUGCCGUGCCCUGGCUGGCCCUGGGGACAGAGCAGCCCUUCCCACGCGCCUCCUUCUACCUGCUGGGGGCGCUGUGCCUGGCCGUGCUGCUCACCGCCCUGCCGCUGUACGCUUUCCAUACCGCGCAGGUCAAGGCCUUGCAGGGCGCGGAGGACCAGAUGAGCCUCGCGGCCGGGAGCUUGCAGGAGGCGCUGCGGGGACGCGCUACCACGGCCGGCCAGCAGGGGGAGUUAAACUCCCGCGCUACUCCCGGACCUCUGGAUCCAGAAGAGUAGAGAGGGAGCUGUGGAAGAGGACAAGCUCCCUCCACUACUGGACACUUUCGGCUCAUUCUAAUCGUUUAUUUUUCUCGUGUUUUUUUCAAGACGGGGAAAUCGAGAGAACGUGAAUUGCGCAAAUGGAAUGUCCUUGCUCUUUCAAAAGUCAGUUCAGAGCCACGUCAGUUAAAGAUGUGACAGAUGCGUGGCAGAUGGGGAGAGGUCAAUUAUUUAUACGCCAAGCUUUCAGAGAAAAUACUUGUGCUGGUGUUUUCUUGUUCAAAGGAAAGAUUGGGAGUUCCUAACUUCCACUUCUAGCUCCUAGGAGGAACAUUUAAAUGGUUGGAAUGUCCUUCGAUCGACUUCCAGGUCAGAAGCAAGAAAAAAAUAGGAAAGUUAAGCGAUUAGAAUGAGCCCUCUCCUUUGAAAGGAGGCCUUGAAACACUUUCAUACGUGGAGAAAGAGAGAGGAGACGCUCAUUUGUUCCUAGCACAUUUCAUUUUAAGCUCCCGAGAGGAGGAGGGCGAAAGUGGAAGGGGGUCUGAGAGCGCGCCGGGCACAAGCUGUGCUGUUAUCCUAGCAUCACUCCUGCUUUGGCUCUGCUAUUUAACCGAGGCGUAAGACUCACUGAAAACAAAACUGCUUUGAGUGGUCACGCAACAUCCGAGUAUUACAUGUAGUUAUUUCUGAUUAUGGAGAUUGGACGUAAAUUGAUGGGGGUGGGUGGGUUAUAGAAACGUAUAUCCUACAGUAAAACCCUACUAUAAUGUGCCCCGCGGUAACGUGAAUUCGGAUAUAACGCGAUCUUCGCUUGACUCCCGUUUCCUUAUCUUUUACAUUUUUAACGUUCAUGGAUUGGUACCGACUACACGCCCGUCCUUUUCGUUUCACCUGUUUGCUACCGCUAAAAAAUAUUUCGUUUAUAAUCCAAGUAAAAGUUUCCAUAAUGCACCGGGCAUCACUGCUUUAGUAUGGUAAUUGGUGCUACAGUAUUUCAGUACAUUGUAAAAAAAGAAUGCUGUAAAAUUACAGCAACUCUGCAACCAAUAAAUUACCAGUAAAAUCUCCUGUAAAAUGUACAGAAGUAAGCUUUUCAGAUUUUUUUUUGUGGACUAUUUGUAUGUAAACCAAAGCAAUGUAAUUUCUAACAAGGUUUUACGUACGGUUAUAUUUGUCACAUGCCGGUUUUGUUUGAAAUAAUCACUAUUUCCUGGCCGCUUAAUUUUAGUUUAUCUGUGAUAGCUGUGUGUGUAUAAACUUAAACAGGUGAGGCCUAUUUAACAUUUUUCACACAGACCGACUGAAGAAAUAAUGCCACCCUGAAUUUUACGCUAUUACAUUUUUUGGACCGCACUUACGUGGUUAUAGCGGGGUUUUACUGUAUUAUAAGGCCACCUCGUGAACCAAUGGAUUCUAGAAUGCAUUCUGAUAUCGUUUUCUACUUUUAAUUGAUUUUAUUUGCAUUUGUUUAUCUAUCGUAUAUAAUGUACCCAAAGGUUGUGAUGCUGUAUGGAGCAAUGUAUGGUUGUCAUUCUGCUCCAUGAUUGAUGUCAUGUUCACCCAUACAUUUUUACAUUGUCAGGGUUGCGAUCAAUUCAAUCUUUUAUUCAGUCGGUUCAAGGUAAUAAGUGAUCCAUCCAUUGACUGAGAUAUAUCUAUAGAAUAUUAUGGCAAUUUUUGACUAAAAUGCAAUGGAAUUGAGCCCUCCAAACCCUGGUUGCCAUGCCUACUGAAAGCUACAGUAGGUGUGAAAACCAUUCUGGGAUCUGCUGGGAUGCAUUCCGAUUGGCUCCUGCAGAUCUUCAUGGGACCAGUAACGUGCCUCGAUUCUUGGAUGUGUACCGGGGAUCAUCAAAUCAAUGGCUGAGAACUGCUGCCCCCCCCCCCCCCCCCUCUGGUGGUCAGGUGAGAAGACCGUCUGGCCACUCAGUAACACUGUUCAAUUGAUUACCCAGGAGAAAAGGGCCGGAUUUGGAUUUGACGGCCAGAUCUAAUGAUCCCUGAUGUGUACAGUACCAAGGUCCCUGAAACCAGCUGUGAGAAGCGUCAGAACGUCAACAAGCCCCUGCUGCUGCUACUGCUGCAGAGCCACACCGUUACUCCGUGCUAAAGCAGCUUUUAACAUCGUUAAUGCACCUCAUCUGGUUUCUUUGGGCUAACCCAGGGAUCAUCAAAACGCGGUCUACGAGGUCCAGGAAAUGCCGGUUUUCCACCCUCCCUUUACCUGGGAGUCAGGUGUGAGGACAGUCUGGCCAAUCAGUGGCAACUAAUUGUUCAGCGAAUUGCCUGGGAGAAAAGAAAACCAUUUGAGGUCAAGAUUUGAUGACGGCCAGUCUAAAUCAAUAUUACAGAUUUUUUAAAGCUGAAAACAAAAGACGUCAUACCCUGUAGCCCACCUGGACCAGGGUUGACAACCCCGAACUAGUGCUUCGUAAGCCCACACCAGAACUAAUCCCGGACUAUUUAAUGCUUAGUCUACGGUCAGUCAGCGUAAUGUUGGUCAGUGUUUUCUUUUCAGUUCUCUUUUAAUCAUUUUUUAUGUUGUUGGUGUUUUCAUGAAACUGGGUCACAUGACGUAUUUGUCCUGGCGACACGGGCUGCCGGUCAGAUUCGAGCAGUGCACGAGAAGGUAUUUUUGUGACCUUUUCCCCACCCAAAAAAAUGUGUUUGUGUUUUAAUGAAUCUUUCCGCUCACGUGGGCUCUGAGCUACAGCCAGGAGGCUGAGGCUCUUCUUCACGGCCUGCCCUCGUAGGCCUGUUCGGCGAGAGAGCUGCAGAACUGAAUGUGCUCUCUUAUCACUCCUUAUCUGUAACCACUGAAACCUGUUUAGAGAUUCACUGGCUCAGGCCGUCAGCUGAAAUGAGUCGCGUCAUUUUGUCUCUGGGGAGAAUGGCCUGUAACAGAGCAGAUCCUGUUUGCAAUGCUUUUUUAUGACACCGACACUCGUGCUUAAUAUCCUUCCUGUUUAAUAUGUAGAAAUGUAGAAAAUCUAAUGUAUUACACACAUACACACGACCACUGUGUCCAUAAUUGGACUACAUUGAAAAACCAUAAAAUGUAUUUAAUUACUGCACUGAAAAGCAAUUAUAUAUUGAGUAGUCUCAACGUAAAAAAUGGCGAAACUUAUUUUAGAAGUUAGUAAAACAGUGAAUACUUGAACAGAAUACAUUGGCCUCCUUGAAUGGUUCAAGGCAGUCAAAUUCCUCACACCAUUUCAGUAAACUGAAAUACCUUCAGUGUAUUAAACAUGUAGUAAAUUCAUAUACUGUUCAGUCAUGAACUGUAUAGGGGGGUGAAUGAAUAAAUAAUGUUCAUAUGA